AUGGGCCGCACCGUCCUUCGUAACGUCGUCCUGGCUGGAUGCUUCGCGUCUGCCAACGCCUGGGCCUCCAUGAUGGCCCCCCCCGCGCAGGUUGGCGUGUCCUCCAAGACCGGCCACGUCGGCGCGAUGGCUCCCGGCAGGGCCCCCGGCCCCGCCCCCGGCCCCGCCCGCGGCCCUUCCGCCUCCCCCGCGGCGUCCUACGACCCCGCCGUCAUGCCCUCCGUCGACGAGCUCUUCCCCCAGCCCGAAUCCACCCCCAAGUACGAACCCACGUACUUUGGCGGCAAGGUUAAGAGCGCGGUUGACGCCUCCGAGCCCUGCAUGGAUUACGUGUGGGAUUCCAACGGCAUCAUGUCCUACGUGCAGGUUCCCUGCCCCACCCCCAACUACAUGGACGAGCCCGAGGGCACCGCGACCCCCAUGCUCACCCCCGAGGAGGCGGCCAAGGCUGAGAAGGAGCCUGUAACCACCCCCCCGACCACCGUCGGCGCGCCCCUCACCGGCUGCUACGAGCUCGACUCCGCGCCCCCCCAGGGCUACGUGCACAAGGAGUCCAACCUCGAGUUCAACGUCGACCGCGGCGGUGUUCCCGCCGUCACCUACGAGGUGAACACUGAGCACUUCGCCAUCCUCACCUGCGCGACCCCCCCCAUGAACAAGUUCUCCCAGUCCGAGUUCUGCGACGGCGGCGCUUGCGACACCGACUGCCACCUCGCGAUUCCCCCCAAGUGCAACUCCACCUCCGCCUCCUUCGGCGUGUGCGCGCCCACCGUUGACGGCAUCUGCGACCUCCUCGACAACUCCGCGACCGCUUGCGAUCUCGCGGCCCAGAAGGUCAUCGACGCCACCAACUCCUACAACAAGCUCGACGUGGACAACUCCCCCUGCAAGUCCACCAUCUACGACGUGACCAAGGAUGCCCACGAGUCCUACCGUCUCGCCUACGAUAGCUGGGUGUACGCCUACAACAACGCGUCCCACGCGUGCAAGGUUGGCGCCGCCAUCCGCGAUUACAACGGCAUGGCUUUCGUCCAGCACCACCAGAACAUGGACAACAUCCAGAAGGUUUCGGAGAUGGUGUGCAACGCCGAGGAGUUCGACUUCGAGGCCGCCGCCGCCGCCGCCGCGCCCAACCGCAAGCUUCUCCAGGUCUCCAACAACCAGACCUGCGCCCAGAUCCAGGACCUCAUCGAGCAGAUCAAGGCCGACACCGACCUUGCCUCCCGCCAGAUUCAGUGCUUCGCGUCUGAGUGCGUGAACACCCGCGCGCUCGAGAACUACAAGUUCCAGGAGCUCCUCAACGCCUACGAAAUCUACAACAACACUCUCUCCUCUUACAAGGGUGCUGUCGUCGGCUACAACAGCGCGGUUGCGGACAAGUUCACCAAGAAGGCUGCGGCUGAGGAGGCGUUUGGCGUGUUCAACCCGGUGAAGGCGUCUGUGUCUGACAAGUUCCACAGCGACCUCGAGACUUACAUGACCUUUGCGUCCGGCGCGGCGGCGGGCACCUGCGGUCUCACCGACUGCGAGAUGACCGCGGUGUGCUCGUACGAGAUGCAGAACAAGUUCUCCGACUACGUCACCAAGUCUGAGCAGGGUUGCGUGCGCAACGAGAAGCCCCUUGUUGAGCUGUGCAAGGACCGCGUCGAGGCCUAAUUGGAGAGAUGAAGCUGUAAAUAUCACGGGGCCCCGGCGAUUUUGGGCUUAGGGGGUUCCUGCCUAUUCACCCUGUUUUCCAUUUGAUGUUAACCUGUAAUGAAGAUUACAUCGUCCUCAUUCUUAAAAA